GAAUGCGUGAGAAAAUGCACCUCCUUCCUCCACAUCAUCUUCUGAUCGCUCGUUUCACUGCCUCUUACCACUACCACCGUCAUGUCUGAAAAACUACGAGAAUUCAUCGAAAUACCUCAGCAAUUUGCUCGUGACGGGAACCAGUUCCUUACACGUUGCACAAAACCUUCGUCGAAAGAAUUCGUUCAAAUUUGUCGUGCUGUUGCCGUUGGCUUUGCCGUCAUGGGAUUUAUCGGGUACUUUGUCAAGCUCAUUCAUAUCCCAAUCAACAAUAUCCUUGUCGGAGGUGCUUAAUUCUCGGACUCUAUCACGGUUUCUUCAUCUGUAUCAGACUUUCGAAUGAAGGACGGAUUGUGUGGUCGGGAUACUUGAUGAUAUCGAACAUCCUCCUUGCGUCUCAGAUUUCAUAUACCAGCAUAAGAUUAUACGCUUUCUAGCGGCAACACUGGUUCAGAAGAAGUACAAGUAGGACUGUGAGUCUGUGUAAGGCGAAGAUUACUAGAUCCAUAGCUCAAAAGAUUUUGGGAAGAAGUGUUCACUGGCGGUUGUGGUCUCCAG